GGGGGCGGUGGGCGUGGCCCGGAGCUGGCGGCGGUCGCUGGCCGGCGCCCAGGGCAUGGGCAUGGCGGGCUGGUGGCGGGAGCUCCUGCGCACCGUCCGGCGCUACCCUUGGCCCACGAACGUGCUGCUCUACGCCGCGCUCUUCUCAGCCGGCGACGCGCUGCAGCAGCGGCUGCGGGGCGGCCCUGCUGACUGGCGGCAGACGCGGCACGUGGCCACCGUGGUCGUGGCCUUCCACGCGAAUUUCAACUACGUGUGGCUGCGCCUGCUGGAGCGCGCGCUGCCGGGGCGCGCGCCGCGCGCCGUCCUGGCCAAGGUGCUGUGCGACCAGGCGUUCGGCGGGCCGGUGUACGUCUCUGCCUUCUACUUCGGUAUGAGUAUUCUCCAGGAAAAGGAUGACAUGUUUUUGGACCUGAGACAGAAAUUCUGGAAUACAUAUAAGAGUGGUCUGAUGUACUGGCCUUUUGUACAGCUGACCAACUUCAGCCUCGUUCCUGUUCACUGGAGAACAGCUUACACUGGGCUCUGUGGUUUUCUGUGGGCCACUUUCCUCUGCUUUUCACAACAGGGUGGUGAUGUCGGCUGUCCCCGGCCCUGGCGGCGGAAGAGAUGGAGCAACGUCACGAGCGCCCGGCCCCUUAAGACGCUGCUGGCUGGAGCCGCCUCCCUCCCUGCAACCCGCAGCGGGGAUGGAGUAAAGGGAGACCCGUCGAUCUGCCAGCGGAGAUCAGCGAUGGAGUUAAACCAAUCUUUGUCCAUCCACCUGGAAGCUGAGAAGCCUUUGAGGCGCUAUGGGGCGGUGGAGGAGACGGCGUGGAAAGCGGAGGGACUGGGGAGAAAUCAGCUAGACAUCAUCUCCAUGGCAGAGACAACCAUGAGGCCAGAGGAGAUCGAGCUGGAGAUGGUGAAAAUCCAGCGUCUCCGGGAAGUCUUGGUCCGGCGGGAGUCUGAGCUCAGGUUUAUGAUGGAUGACAUCCAGCUCUGCAACGACAUCAUGGACUUGAAGCAGGAGCUGCAGAACUUGGUCGCCAUCCCAGAAAAAGAAAAAACCAAGUUGCAGAAUCAGAGAGAGGACGAGCUAAUCCAGAAGAUCCACAAACUGGUGCAGAAGAGAGACUUCCUGGUGGACGAUGCAGAGGUUGAGCGGCUAAGGGAGCAAGAAGAAGACAAGGAAAUGGCCGAUUUUCUGAGAAUCAAGUUAAAACCUCUAGACAAAGUAACCAAAUCUCCAGCCAGCUCCCGAGCAGAAAAGAAAGCAGAGCCCCCACCUAGCAAGCCCACGGUAGCCAAGACGGGGCUGGCGCUCAUCAAGGAUUGCUGCGGGGCCACCCAGUGCAAUAUCAUGUAGCCCCCACAUGGGGUGCCCCCGGGGCCACGGGGAACCCCCUCCCACCCUCUUGUCUUCAUAGCCCCCAUUUCACCGGGGCCCAAGAGCUCUCCAAGGCGGAAGGGAUUGAGGGCAAGCCCAUGACUGCCACCAGGGGCCGUGGGUGCGGCGGGCGGGCCCGGCCGCCCUGUACAGAGUGUAGCAAUAGGGAGUCCCUCACCGUCGCAUGGCCCUCCCCAGAGCAUGCCGAACCCAGGAGUCUGUCUCACUGUUUAUCCAACCACCAGGAAAGGUCCUCCCUCGAAAAAGUAUAUCUCCACUUCUAUCUAGCUGUAUCUAACCCACCGUGGGAAUGAACUGGGAGGGGGCAUGAUCCCCAGGUGUGUAUAGUCGUGACUUUUCAACAGUCUAGCACCAUGUUGGAUACAUCCCCCAUCCACGCUCCUAGUUCUGCUGUCAGGCUGCCCCAAACGGCUCCACCCCCGAUCUGUCCUCUCCCAGGGGCUGUGCCCUGGAGGGCUCCACACAGCCCAUGUGUCUAGAGACACAGAGGGCCCAUCUGUAAAGACUGAGCUUGUGUGUGGUGUUGUGGUCACGUCUCCCGCUUCCUCCCCUCCUGUGUCUGGGCACGGCUUGUAUCAGGAGUGUGUCCGUUCGAUCUUGGCUCUUCCUUCCCUUGCAACGUCUGUCCCAGGUGUAUGGAGCAGAGUGGGGAUGGGGCCCCGGCUGGAGCACACCUAGUACUUGGGAGAGGUAGCAGAGAGCUGGGAGCUCCAACACGAGGCAAGGGCAGAUGAGAAGGGACCCAGAGCAGAUGCUGACCCAGGCACUCUCCACCCACGGGGGCCACCGGAUGGACGGAGUGCCAGCAGGACGCCACUCACCAGCCUAACACACAGACCUCCGCAAACAACAAUGGCAGGCAGGAGAGGCGGCCUGACCCAACCGUGUCCCAUCAUUCGGUGGUGUAUUUUAACCAGCCUAACAAUUCCACCUGUGUAACUUGAUGUACAUUUGCUACAGCCAGCCCGGCACAGCCCAUGUGACCUCUCUGUACGUGUGUGUGUCGUGACCGGCCUAAGUAGUUAGCAUAACUCAAGAUUUGCUGAUGUGCAAUCAUCCAUCAGAGAAAAUAAAAAUGGAAACCACGUACACAGCAUUUUAAAAGUUUUUACUUUUUUCUUGACUAUAGAAGUAACCCGUGUACAUAGUUAAUCAUUUAAAAAGUACAGAAAGUAUAAAGAAGUGUUUUUGUUUUUUUAACUCCCAUCAUUCCUCCAGCCACUCUGACAUUUUGGCAUAUUUCCUCUCUGUCUUUUUGUAUGAUUUUUUUUUUCAUGAUUGGCAUCCUAUUGUACCAUUCUAUAACAGUUUUCUUUUUCCAUUUAUCAUAGUAUCACUAUCACUCUGCCACAUCAUUAAAAGCUCUUUGUAAACAUUAAACACUCUUCAUUAAUAUUUA